AGAAUAGAACGAGAGCAGAUGCAGUCUGAAGAUCUGCGCGGAGAAUUGGGGCGAGGAGAAUGAUUUUGCAGGUCAUUAUUCUCUCAGCGGAGCUUGUGUGCGGCUCUUGUCUCCGUCUUCGAUACAAAAUUCUGUCAGGCGUUUGAAGGCGGAAUCUCUGUGAGUGAUUGUUUUUGAUAGCGGAAUCGGAAGAGGAGCGGAGAGGGGAACGAGACGGAAGGAUUGAAGGAGGAGUGGGAGUAUGCAGGAAUUGAAAGAGACUAGUGCUGGAUCGGAGGCCGCAAAUGUGCCCAGACCGCCACCGGUUGCUUCCCCAGCAACGACGACGGGAGCUAGUAGUGUUAGCAGUAGCAAGCCUCCUCCAUCUCGAAUUCAGCAUUUUCUGAAUAGUGGCAGUAAAAAGCACGUUUUCGUUGGACUACUUAUCGUGUCAGCUGUUACAUGCGCUCCAUGGUUUCUUCUUACUUCAGGCGCAAAGCACCAGAAUCAUGCAGAUUACAUGGAUCAAGCGGAGAAAGCGGAGAAAGCACGUCAAAGCAGAUUAUCCACGUCCUCAGAUCACUCAGAAGCUAAAUAGGUUGCUCCCAGCUCCGGCUAGAUGCACCCAGGAAUCUGUUCAUACGCCUAAGGCAGAGCUUUUUUGACACGAUUUCUGCAGUAGGUGCUUUUAUCUCCAAUGGUUUCACGAUGUGCUACUUCUGGCCAUUGAUACAAGCAUCUGCACUGAUUAUUUACUUGAACUCAUUUAAAAAGAAAUUUAAGUACCUGUCACACACCCAUCGUGUGUGCUUCUAGAAAGCAAGAACUACAGCUGCAAGGCUUUAGUAACGAGAUUGAGCAGUUAUGCAUCUUUAUUUUUCUCACUACUUGAUGUGAGGCUCUUCUCUUCUUUCAUCGUCUAGUGUGUCAUCACAUGCCUUGCUUCAAAGGCGUGAAGGCGCCCACCAUGGCGCUUCAUUGGUCUCAUCAUAGCUUUACACUCAUUUCUCGUCUUGCUGCAGUUAAAAUCAGGGUUUCAGUUUGAGAAUCUAUGGAAUGGAUGUUUUAAUCCAUGCUGCAUCAAUUAGGAGCAUAUUGUUUGAUCAUUUGAGAACUGCAGUGCGGAGGGCACAACCUAUCAAGGAAGCUGCUAUGUACAUAAGAAGAAUCAGAUAUCCGAGUGAAGAUUGUUUAUCAACAAGAACCAGCUGGUUGAAUUUCGCACACCUGUAUUGUUGC